ACCGGAAGUAAAGUUUCGCGGCAAAAAUAAAUAUUGCUUUUAUAUUUUGUGGGUAUUUUGUCAUCAAGUAUUAGACUGGGAAAGUUUAUCUUUAAAAGGGUGCAACUUAUAAAUGCAGCAUACGUAAUAUGUCAAAGAAAAAUGGAAAUCGAGUUGUGAAAGAUCAAAAUCAGUGGGUAUUCAUGCUUCCAGAUGAUGUGAUCAAGACGGAUGGUAAUAAUGACUCUAAACACGCACUUUGUAAACUGAAACACCCCAAAACAGAGAAAUCUGCGUACUAUUUGUUCACAAAUGAGAACACUGAUUCCUAUGAGGUUAUUGCACUGAAGGAAGACUUUCGUUCAUGGUUCAUAGGACAGGAUGUUGUACAAGAUGGCAGUGUCUACACAUGCACACCUGUUGAUCCAUUGUUCCUUGUGCUUCCAUAUAUGGUCAAUGCUUCCAAAAAUGACAAAUAUAUGCAGCUCGACCAAAUAGUCCGGGAUGAGAAUUACCCAGAAUGCACAAGGCUUUGCACGUGUAGUCAAGGAAAAGAUCUUAAGCUCAUUGCUGAUAUAAAAGGAGAUGAUGAUCUAAAGGUGUACAGAUAUAACAAAGAGAGAACAUUAUCCUGGUUAAAAACUAAGGUAGAAAAAACAAGUAAAAUCCUAGAAAAAAAGAAGAUCCAUGUUACGAGAGGAGCUCAAUGUGACACAUAUGUUCAAGCUACAAACACAGCACAGAAAGAUGAUUAUAUAAGAUACGCAUAUGGACUUAUAUCAGAAUAUGUUCAUCCGGAAUUGGCCAAAGAUCUCAAAGAUCACCUUGGUAUAGUAGAUCCUGUAGUGACUCCAGACCCUGAGAAACCCCCACCUUCAAAGAGAGCUAAACUUGAUAAGUCAGAACCUGCAGAAGAUUACUUCACUGGAAAUACAGGGCUGGUCAAGAAGGAGACUAAAAAACUGACUCAGGCGCAGAAGAAACUCAGUAAAGUGGACAAGUCCGGAAUGAAGUCGAUAUCAAGUUUCUUUUCACCAAAAUCAAAGACUAAGAAAUAACAGUUAUGGGAAUAUUUUGGUUUACAAUUCACUAAAAUCAGAUUGCAAAAUAAACCUAUAUGGUCCAAUAGAUGGCAGUGAGUGUUGUUAUGAGAAUAUAGGAUAUUUUAAUUUCACUUUUUCAAAGUCUUAUAUUGUUGACAUCUUGUUUCGAUGAGUAUGUCUGGGCGGGUUGGCCAUGUUAGCAAUCACCACAUAAAUUUCGUCAUCAACAUUUGAGGAAAACUGCUUCCCUCUUCAACUUUAAAGUUUUACCAAUGCAAGAGCAGACAAGUGCCAAUAUCUAAUUAGCUUUUUGGCAGGCUGAAUAAAUAACUUGUUGGCCAUUUUGAAUUUUAUGAUAAAAAAAGUGUGAUAAUUAUCACCAUUUGAAAAUUAUUUAAAAUACUGUCAGAUGUCGGUAAAGGUUCAAUUGGGCAAUCUUGCAGAGAAUUGAUGAAAUAAAGCAAAUUAAAAGAAAUAAGAUUAAUGCCAUUUAAAAUUAAUUGUAAAUUGUGAAUUUAAUGUGUGAAUUAAUUGUAUAUUUAAAGCAUUUUACAGUUGUAUUUUCUCAACCAGAAUUUAUUUUGAGAGAGAAUUAGAAGGGGGAGGGGGGGGAUAUGAGCAGCACAUGUAUCAAUGAAGUUGUUGUUGGUAGCAAAUAUGCUAAAUUGUCUACUUUUACAAAAUAAUUAAUUUUUUUGUGUACCUAUUUACUGAUGCACAAAUAAAUA